UGGACACUCAGCUCUUCUGUGCAGCAGAACGUGCUCCUCUGGCCUACCUAUUCCUCGGUCCCUGGUCAUCUCCUGUACUGUGUCCGCAGUCUCUGGUCAUCUCCUGUACUAUGUCUGCAGUCUCUGGUCAUCUCCUGUAAUAUGUCCGCAGUCUCUGGUCAUCUCCUGUACUGUGUCCGCAGUCUCUGGUCAUCUCCUGUACUAUGUCUGCAGUCUCUGGUCAUCUCCUGUAAUAUGUCCGCAGUCUCUGGUCAUCUCCUGUACUGUGUCCGCAGUCUCUGGUCAUCUCCUGUACUAUGUCUGCAGUCUCUGGUCAUCUCCUGUAAUAUGUCCGCAGUCUCUGGUCAUCUCCUGUACUGUGUCCGCAGUCUCUGGUCAGCUCCUGUGCUAUGUCUGAAGUCUCUGGUCAUUUCCUAUACUAAGUCUGCAGUCCAUUGGUUCAGAAUAUUUUUUUUCUUGUUUUCCUCCUUUAAAACCUAGGUGCGUCUUAUGGUCAGGUGCGUCUUAUGGAGCAAAAAAUAUGGUAUUUUCUUGUGUUUUUUAAAAAAAUCAUCAGAGACUAUAGUUUCUCUU